AUGGGUGGAUCCUCCUCUAAACACAACGGCAACAAUAACAAUACUACCACGAAUAGUGGUAGUAAAAACAACAACAACAACACCACUACUACCACAACCUACAAUACAAAUUCAUCAUCAUCAUCGGUAAACAACAAAACAACCACAGCUGCUACCACAUCAACAACAGUGAACAGUGGAGAUGAGAUGGAGAAAUUAUAUGCGCAAUAUGCUGCUUUAGAUCCAAAAGAUGCAAGUAAUGAAGACGACGUUGAUUAUAUCGGAACAGAAGGCAUUCUCAAGAUGGCUGAAGAUAUUGGCAUUAAUCCGGAACAACGAAUUCUGUUGAUUAUUUUGUACAAGAUAGGAGCAACCGAACAAUAUAAAAUCAAGCAUAAAGAAUUCGUUGAAGGAUUCAAACGAAAUGGUUGUUAUUCGAUGAAGGACAUUAAGAGCAAAGCACCAACCUGGGAACAACCAAUCUUGAAUAACAACGCGGAAUUUAAAAAGUUUUAUAUGUGGUGCUACCAAUAUUCAAAGGAACCAGGAGCAAAGAGUAUGUCAGCAGAGAUGGCGUCUGCAACAUGGCGUUUAAUUCUUGGUGACAGAUACAAAAAGAUUAACGAAUGGUGUGAUUAUGUUGAGAACACGUACAAGAAAGCAAUCCAAAAAGAUUCUUGGGAUUUAUUUAUUGACUUUGUUCAUAAUGUUGGUGAUGAUCUAACGAAAUAUGAUGCUAGUGAUGCAUGGCCAGUGAUUGUUGACGAUUAUUGCACAAUGCUAUUGCAAAAGAAGAACGAACAAUAG